CUAAAGACUAAAACUAGAGAGCAAAAAAAAAAAAAAAAUAAAAAAAAAAAAGGAAAACCAACAAAAAGAAAAGAGAGCACAAGGGCAAUGGCAGCAGCAUUCUGUCGUUGUGUUUCUUGGGUUGUUAGUCCUCCGUGGUGGUCGUCGUCGUCAUCGUCAAGGUUGUCGUUGCAUUAUUCCGCUUAUCGUCCACUACCCCUUGCACGUAGUUAUUCGACAUCAUAUACAAAGACGAGGAGGAGCAAGAGCGAUUACUCAAGUCCAGGUGAAAGAAGAAGAGUAGUUAUCAAAUGCCUCUCAAACGAGAGUGAGACGGAGGCCGAGUUUGAGUUGCAGCCGCGUCUCUUUUCCAACCUCAACCAAACCACAUUGAAGAGAGAACCUGGAAGUCUAGCCAGCGCUAUUUUGCUAGUCGCAGGGACAACGGUGGGUGCCGGCAUCCUUGCAAUUCCUGCAGUCACUCAACAAUCUGGAUUUCUGGCUUCUGCACUUACAUGCAUCCUUUGUUGGUUAUACAUGGUUGCAACAGGACUGCUAAUAGCCCAAGUCAAUGUAAACACUAUGUGCGAAUUGGGUUCCGGCAGUGUAUCACUGGUGUCAAUGGCUAUGAGGACUAUGGGGAGUGUGGGAGUUCAAAUUGUUUGUUGGUCAUACAUUUUUAUACAUUACGCACUUCUUGUUGCCUAUGUAGCUCGUUCUUCAGAAAUUUUGACAAAUUUUCUCGGAAUUCCCUUAUGGGAAAGUGCAACCAUGUUUUCAGUUCUGUUGGGAGGCAUAUGCUACUUCGGAAGUCAACGCUUCAUUGGUGCGGUUAAUGGGGUUCUGGUAUUUGGAAUCAUCAUAUCUUUUGCUGCUCUUGUAGCAGUUGCAGGUGGAUACCUACAAUGGGAUGAGCUUUUGAAGGCCAACUUUCAAGCUGUUCCCAUGAGUAUACCCAUAAUCGUUCUGUCGUUUGUUUACCAGAAUGUAGUGCCUGUUCUUUGCACGGAUCUUGAAGGAGACCUGUCAAAAGUAAGGACUGCAAUUGUUCUAGGUACAAGUAUACCACUUGUUUUAUUUCUAGUCUGGAAUGCUGUGAUUCUAGGAACCAUCACGAAUGUCGACAUGAGCUCAGAUAAGAUCAUGGAUCCAUUACAACAACUGCAAGCUACCAACGAAGUUGUUGGACCUAUUGUUGAGGUGUUCUCCCUUUUUGCUAUUGCAACGUCGUACAUUGGAUUUGUUUUGGGCCUCUCUGAUUUCCUUGCCGACUUGUUCAUCUUUGGUUUUGAAUACCCAGUGCUGAAACUCCCGGGUGGCCAAAGCCGGUCUCUGCCAUACCUAAUGACAUUGGCUCCACCGGUUGUGCUGUCAUUGCUAGACCCAGAAAUAUUCUUCAAAGCCUUGGACUUUGCUGGAACUUAUGGAGUGCUGGUGCUGUUCGGAAUUGUUCCAGCUGCAAUGUCUUGGUCCGAUAGGUACUCGUCAAGUUCAUCAUCCGUUGGUAUGAAGUUGCCACAGUUGGUUCCAGGAGGAAGGACUUACUCUUUCACUUGUGGUUGGAGGUGCUGGAUGUGUCAUUUUCUCCGAAAUUCUUGACAAGUUGGGCCACCCAUAAUACGCGACUUGACUUUCUGAGUGAGUUUAUUUCAAGAAUUGGAGAAGUGGCCGCGGAAUUAUGAACCAAUUGUAACUUUGGUCCAUGAAUUAAAAAUUUGUAAUGUUUAGUCCCUAGUGAACUUGAUUAGAUAUCAAGUGUUGUGUCAAAUUUUAUGUCACUAUGCUUAAGAUGCAGGACAAGUGAGACCUCCAAUUGUGUUAAUAUGAGUGCCAUGUAGAAAAAAAUUACUAAAAUUAGAAAAUAAUCUAAUUUUUCACAUA